AAGUCCCCGGUUGCUCCAGAUGUGGAUCUCAAUUUCCUUGCCAAGUCUACCGAGGGCUUCUCUGGGGCAGAUCUUACCGAAAUCUGUCAGAGAGCGGCCAAAUUGGCUAUUCGUGCAAGUAUAGACUCGGAUAUUCGAAAGUUGAGAGAAAAGAAAGCACGGGAAGAUGCCGGAGAGACAGGUAUGGAAGAGGAUGAAGAGGAGGACCCUGUGCCUCAAAUCACAACUGAACAUUUCGAGGAAGCAAUGAAAUUCGCCCGUCGUUCAGUGUCCGAGCAGGAUAUCCGUCGAUACGACAUGUUUGCACAGAGGGUCAAGGUGGUGGAGGGGCUGCCCCUAACCAAGGAAAUGCCACUUUCCAGGAGACCGAGGAGGAUGAUCUUUACGCAUAGCUGUCUUCAUGAACUUUGUAUUCGGUCGAUAAAACUUAGUCAUAACAAUGUUUCCGGUGUAGAUACUUUUAAAUUAGAACGUGUUUUCGACCCAGACGUGACCGCUUUCAGGCUCGUGAAGGGACGG